GAAUCAGGCGCCUGUGCUAUUUUCCCCGUUCCGUGAACUUUGGCCUUCUUAAGAAUCCAAUGGAAGCGGAGGAGGAUCUAGGACUUGUGGCCAGUAAUUCUUUCGACCCAGUGGCUGAUGUGCUAAUCAAGCCUCUCCCCAUCGACGAAGAGAAGGAGGAGCACAAGUGGAAGGAGGAGGAACAGAAGCAGAAAAUUCAGGAACAAAACCGUGAGGAGGAGGAAGAAAGGGCGGAGAUCGAGGCAGCAAGAAAAGAGUGUUUGAAGCUCGUACUAUCAAGAAUGGAAUUUCUGAGGAAGAUCGGCAGUCCUGCCUCUCUCUUGCCUCUCAUGAACAUCAAGAACCUGGACUAUCGUAAACUGCUCAAUCGCAAGAGCAACUGUGACAAAAUCGACUGGGGAAACAGGCCUGUUCGUAAGGAGAUUUUGCUUGAUAAAGAAAAGGCCCUCUGGAAUGCUGCUAUGGAAUAUCGGAAAGCUCAAAACAUGGACUCUGAGUAUGAUUUGAUUCCUAGCCACAUGACCUUAUUUCCUAUAAUGUCGACGAAGUGCAUGUGGUACCAUUGCAAUCUCGUGGGCUGUAAGAGAGAAACUCCUUUAAAAGGGGUGCAACAAUAUUUCUUUAUUGAGACCAACAUAACUGGAGUGAAGACUGUCACGUCAUGCAUUGCACUUGAUGAGGAUGAUGACAAUACCUGCAAUGUGUGUCCUUCUCAUAUUGGCAUUUUGCAUCCGCGCAAGGGCGGAUUUACUUAUGGGAGCAAAGAAGGUUAG